AAGUUGGUCAACUAAUAGCGAGCCCUUUUACGUACAGUUUCCAGUUUUUUUCCACUUUAUUCGCGUCUCGCAACUCAAGCGCAUCUAACAUUAUGGGAUGACUUGUUCUCUUUUAAAACACAUUUAACUCUUUGUUUCAAUGAUUAACUCUUAUUGUCUUGACGCGGCGGCAGGCUUGCUCGCGUUUCUCUUUAUCGUUAAAGGGAGCUUCGUUGCUCUUUACAAUCGCUAAGCCUUCUUAAUAAUCCGGCUUUUCUGUAUAGCAUAACUCUUGGGGGCUUAUAGUAUGUUUUCAGCCUUGCCGUCGUUGUUUCCGCGCUCGAUAUACCGAGCUCUGACGGCGGCUACUGUUUUCUCUUUACUCCUGUUCUACCUAUAUGUGCGAAAGCCAAUACUUGCAAGCGACUCGGAAUACCUAAAGAAUGCUCGACCUUCGUGCGACUCGCUCAAGGGGAUUGAUGAUCUUUUUGUGAUUCUCAGGACCGGAGCUUCUGAGGCUCAUAAGAAGCUUCCCGUGCACUUCGCCACUACUCUGCGAUGUGUUCCCAACUACGCCAUCUAUUCCGACUACGAAGAAGAAAUUGAGGGACACCAUGUCUAUAAUGCUUUAGACGAAAUCAACCCCGACAUCGUGGCCGAAAAUCCCGAUUUCGAAUAUUACCGGCGCUUGCAAGAGGGGGGCAGGCAGGCUUUUACGACCGAGGAGCUAGAGCAAUGGGCGUCCGCCAAAAACACAGAUGCCGGGCGUGAUACCCCCGGUUGGAAGUUGGACAAGUGGAAGUUUCUCCCGCUGGCUGAGAAAGCUCUGCGGCAGCGACCUGACGCGAAGUGGUAUAUCUUCAUUGAGGGAGAUACCUAUAUGCUCUGGCAAUCUCUGUUGGAGUGGCUAUCGCACUUCGACCCAUCCAAGCCUUACUAUCUGGGCAUGCAGAUGCAGAUUGGCGACAUAGUCUUCGCUUAUGGCGGCGGGGGCAUUGUUGUUUCCAACCCGGCGUUACAGAGAGUUGUGGCGCAUCGUAGUGAGAACUUAGAGGCCUACGAUGACUUCACUGCCGCGCACUGGGCUGGCGAUUGUGUCUUAGGCAAGGCCCUGGCGGAUUCUGGUACGAGGCUAUUAUGGUCUUUUCCGACUGUCGUCGGUGAUCGACCCGGCGAUAUUGACUUCAACUCGACGUUUGGUGGGGCUAAUAACAGGCCGUGGUGCUAUUACGCUUCGAGUUAUCAUCACAUUCCGCCCGCCGAAAUUCCCAGAUUUGCUCGGUUUGAGUAUAUAUGGAACCAGAAGAACUCCCACCGCCUACGGCAUCGAGAUGUAUUCCGGUACUACGUUUUGCCCCGUUUGUCGUCCGAGCACGAUGACUGGGAUAACUUGUCCGAGGCCAGUCAAGGUGACGUGCAUUCCUUCGAGGGCUGCCGUAGCACUUGUGAGAACCAGCCUGACUGCAUGCAAUUCUCCUUCUCGGGUGACUCAUGCAAGACAUCUGCGUCUCUCAGGCUAGGACAUCAGGCUUCUAAGGACACUCCGGAACGAACGAAAUCUGGCUGGGUAACCGACCGAAUUAAAAAUUACGUCGAGCGCAUGGACGCGACCUGUAGUCAUGAGACCUGGACUCUGCCGUGAAGAUAAUAUCUGCUUAAUAUCGUCAGAGUUUAUCUGGCUACUGGAGUUGUAUCGACAAAUCCGAUCGUGAUGUGGAGCAUCGCGACUGUAUAAAUACCGCUCCGCCUGACCAGGCUGCAUUGCUGGUUGUAAUGGAGCUAGCGGGUCGGGCAUUAUACUUAGAAGGCAUGCGGUAUCUUGGAUUAACGUACCAGAGACUCUUCGAAGGCUCGUAUUGUAUAAAAUACGUUAAUUAGCCCGGUGUAUACAUGAUUGGUCGUUGGGACGCUGUAUACAAGGCCGAGGAGUAUGGGUAAGGCAUGAUCAUCACGAUGAUGGCACCGAAGGAUAGAUGAGCCGAAGGUACAUGUGUGGAAGGCUUUCUAUUCAUGAUCAUCUAGCGUAUUUUUCAAACUAAAUUACUAUUCAGAAUAUAAAAUCCAGGUUUUGGUUCAUAUCUAUGCAUU